AGAUGGAGCAAGAACCGGAGAGCGAGCCGAGACGCAUACGGGAAGGGUACCUCGUGAAGAAGGGUAGCAUGUUCAACACCUGGAAACCGAUGUGGGUGGUCCUCUCGGAAGAUGGAAUCGAAUACUUCAAGAAGAAGACAGACAACAGUCCAAAAGGAAUGAUCCCCCUGAAGGGAAGUGCCCUCACGAGCCCUUGCCAGGAUUUUGGAAAGAGAAUGUUUGUUGUCAAGCUCACCACCACCAAACAGCAGGACCACUUCUUCCAAGCCUCUCACCUCGAGGAAAGAGAUGCCUGGGUGAAAGACAUCAGGAAAGCCAUUAAAUGCAUUGAGGGAGGCAAAAGGUUUUCCAGGAAAUCUACUCGGAAGUCUAUCAAGCUGCCUUCAUCCAUCAACUUGGGCACUUUGUAUCUCUCAAUGAAGGACCCAGACAAAGGAAUCAGAGAAAUGAAACUGGAAAAAGACAAGAAAAUUUUCAACCACUGCUUCACAGGCAGCUGUGUCAUUGACUGGCUAUUGUCAAACAACUCCAUCCGAAACCGCCAAGAGGGUCUACUGCUGGCGUCUGCCCUCUUGAACGAAGGUUAUUUUCAACCCGCUGGAGAUGCAUCCAAGAAUGCGGCUGAAGGGCUGGCAGAAACCUCCUUCCUGGACCAUCAGGACGCCUUUUAUUACUUUGCAGACAGUGGGUUCUUCUGUGAAGGGAAUUCCAGCGACGACGACACAGUCUUCAUUGAAGAGUUCAGAGGCACCGUGGUCAAGCAAGGAUGUCUACUGAAGCAGGGACACCGGAGGAAGAACUGGAAAGUGCGGAAGUUUGUGCUGAGGGAGGAUCCUGCGUACCUCCACUACUACGAUCCUGCCGGGGGAGAAGAACCACUGGGCGCCAUUCACUUGAGAGGUUGUGUGGUGACCGCAGUUGAAGACAACCCAAAUGGAAAGAAAAACGAAGUGGAAGGAAACCUGUUCGAAAUCAUUACCGCCAAUGAGGUUCACUACCUGCUGCAAGCGGCUACUUCUGCCGAGCGUACAGAGUGGAUCAAGGCCAUUCAGAUUGUUUCCAGGACUGGAAAGUAAAGAAAGAAGA